UAUAUAUCAUGCAGAAGAAGACUUUUAAAUACCUUGUGGUUGUGAAGGAUCAAGAGAAAAUGAGUUCCUAUAGCCAGGAUAUAAUUGGCUCAUAGGGAUUGUCAUGUUGUAAUAUUGCAAUUGGCAAACCAAAUCUAGGAAGAAGAAAGCCAAAGUAUAUCCAAAACUCUCCAAUUCCUUAUGUUAGCCACCACAAGUUCUCUGUAAAAUCUCUAUCAAAACAAAAACCAGUUUCACAUAAGAAUAAAUAAGGGGACCCCAUCUAUCUCUCUCUCACACACAUAUUUAUAUAUACAUUUGGCUUUACAGAGACAAUGUAAUAACAUAGAACCCAAAACGCAAAAGCUAAGCAGCUAAAUUUGCUUUCUUCAGUGCAAUAAAUAGAAAUAGAAUAAUAAUCGUCAUUACAGUGACGAUGAUCAAUCAGUGUACAGUUCCCAAAUGGAAUCUAAAGCAACAAGUUAGACAAGAAAAUGUCCAAGCAGAAGAGAGUAAUAAAAGAUCCUCUCACGUGGACAUCAACCACAACUUGCUGCAGAAUCUUACUUCCACUACUACCCAACAAGUCCCUAUGUCAAAUGAUUAUGAGGUUGCAGAGCUAACAUGGGAGAAUGGUCAAUUAGCCAUGCAUGGGCUUAGCGGGCUUCUUCCUUCUGCCCCGAGAAAGCCUACAUGGACUGGGAGGACCAAUGAAACCCUAGAAUCCAUUGUCCAUCAAGCCACAUCCUACCAAAAACACCACAAGGAGGAGGAGGUUAAAAUUCCGGCGAAGGUAGCCUCGACAGUGGCAUCAUCGGACGGAAAAUGGGCGGAAACAUCGUCGGCGAACUACCAAGCCCAAAUGGGCCCAUUACUGAUGAAGAAACGUACGAGAUCAGAAUCAAACCUGUGUGGAAGUAGUAAGGAUCAUGAGCAUGUGGACCGUAGUGCAUGUGCGAGUGCUUGCAGAGACAGUGACACUACCAUGAUGACUUAUGCUUCUUUUGAUUCUGCUCCAAGCUUCAAGCCCAAAACCACCGAUGAAGAUUCUGCUGCUUCUCAUGGUGGAUCGGAAAACCAAGAUGAUGAUCAAGAGACCAGAACUGAAACUGUUAGAUCUCACUCUAGCAAAAGAAGUCGAGCCGCUGCUGUUCACAAUCAGUCGGAGCGGAGACGAAGAGACAGGAUCAACCAAAAGAUGAAAGCUCUUCAAAAACUGGUUCCAAAUGCAAGUAAGACAGAUAAAGCAUCAAUGCUAGAUGAGGUGAUAGAGUACUUGAAACAACUUCAAGCACAAGUACAAGUGAUGAGUGUAAGCAGAAACAUGCCUCAUCAUAUGAUGAUGAUGCAACAACAACAACAUCAUCUUCACCAAAUGUCUCUUUUAGCUCGUAUGGGAAUGGCUGGUGUUGGUUUAGGGAUGGGAAUGGGAAUGCUUGACAUCAACUCAAUGCCACCACAAACUAUCUCUCCACCGUCCCUGGCUGCUGCCACCGCUGCCCCGACAUAUGUUGGUCCUCCUCCUCCUCCUGCAGUCAACCAUGGUUCAGUUCCUUUGCCUGAUCCAUAUUGCAGUUUUUUAGCACAAUCAAUGAAUAUGGAUCUUUACAACAAGAUGGCAGCACUCUAUAGGCAACAAGUGAAUCAGAACACACAAGCAACAAGCAGCCCUCCACAGCAGUCCAGCCAUGUUCAAGGUGAUUAAUAUAUUUGUAUUUGUAGCUGAUUAUCAAAAAUAUUGUAUUACCACCAGAAAAUUUAUACUGUGCAAGGAUUACGUUGCCCAUGUCAUGUCAUGAAAAUUACAUAUAUCCAUAUUCAUUUAAUUUAAUAUAUCCAAUUGAAUAUCUGUGGAUAAAAA